CUUAAUUCACACUUGGAACGAGAGGAAAGUGAGAAAAUGAUUGAUCCAAAAACCAGUACAAAGAAACAUCAUGAUACUGAAGAAGAAAGAGAUCUGAUGUACGUGAACAAGAAAGGAAAAACGCAAGCCCAAAAAUCUGCCAACUGCUCUCAGUGUAAAAAAAGUUUCACAAGUGAAGCACACCUUAAGAUUCACAUGGGAGUUCAUAAUGGAGAGAAGCGGAAACCAAAAAAAACGAAGAUUCCCACCUGUCACCAAUGUGGGAAGAGGUUUACACGAAAAGACAGCGUUCAGAAACACAUGAUGGUUCAUACCAAAGAGAGGCCGCACGCAUGUGAUCAGUGUGGGAAGACUUUCUCAUUAAAACAAAGCCUUGUGUCACACAUCAAAACCCACAAUAGAGAGAAACCGCACACAUGUGAUAAAUGCGGGACGAGUUUCGCACGCAAAAGAGAACUAGUGAAACAUGUGAGAACCCACACUGGAUAUAAGCCACACGCAUGCGACCAAUGUGAAAAGAGUUACACACGACAAGACCACCUCACGAGACACAUGAAAAUCCACACUGGAGAGAGGCCGCACACAUGUGAUCUAUGUGGAAUGAGUUUCAUGCUAAAACAAGAUAUUAAAAGCCACAUGCUAAUUCACACUGGAGAGAAGCCACACGCAUGUGACCAAUGUGGAAAGAGUUAUGCUCUCCUACAAACUCUAAAACGACACAUGCUAGUCCACACUGGAGAGAGGCCACACACAUGUGAUCAAUGUGGGAAGGGUUUUAUGACCACAUCAGACCUAAGGAAUCACAUGAGAAUCCACACCGGAGAGAAGCCGCACACAUGUGAUCAGUGCGGGAAGAGUUAUGCACAACGUAGCAACCUCACGACGCACAUGAAAAUCCACUCCGGAGAGAAGCCACACACGUGUGAUCAAUGCUGGAAGAGUUUCACUCAUGCAAACACUUUAAAAUUACAUAUGCAUACUCAUUCUGUAGACGGGCCAUUUCACUGUGAUCAGUGCGAUAAGAGUUUUGGUUUGGAGUCAGUCCUGAGGAUACACCAGAAAAUUCAUGGUAAGGAGAAACUUCAUUCGUGUAUUGAGUGUGGAAAGAGUUUUAGGUACCUGGCCGUUUUAACAGCACACCUGAAAAGACACAACUCUGCGAAGCCGUAUACGUGUUUUGAGUGUGGGAAGAUGUUUUAUACAAGCUCCGAACAUAGUCAGCACCAGUUGACUCACAAAGCUUUCAAAUGUUCACACUGUGGCAAGAGAUUCUCUGUGUUGGAAAAGAUGAAAAAGCACGAGAUGAUCCACUCUGGAGAGAAGCCAGAUCAUCAGUAAGUGAUCUUCUCUAUACACAGUCCUACAAAAUAAAGAACCACGGUAAAGUGGUCCAUUAUAAAUCUGUCCUAGCGAGCGACAACAAAUGAGAGGGCAAAGAAAUGACAUCUAACGUUCAUCUCAAUCUCAAAGUUCAAUAUGAGCUUCGUAUACGGAGUUCGGAGUUUCUUCCAGAAGAACAAUUUCUAAGCUUUAUUUUCAAGUCUUUAUCAUUUCUUAUGACAUUUUAUCAUUCCACUAUGUUACUAUGUACAAAAUGUUCUUUGGUUUGCCUGUAUAGAAGCAGACGAAAUGGCUAGGUAACACUUUUAGAGACAUGUAUCUGACAUUUAUUCUUAACUUGAUUGUUUUUAUUGCGCUUGCUUUAAAACAUCUUGCUAUUUUACUACUUGUGACAUUGAAUGUUCUGAUGCUAGAUAUACUGUA